AUGUCAGCUUUGAAAUCUCUAGAUGACAGGGUCUCGUCCGCGGUCCACUCCACCGCCGAAAAUGCCUCUGAGAAGGCCGCCGAGAUUGUCGUCAAAGCCGUUGAAAAUGGUGACCUCCGCACAAUCGACAAGCCAAUUGAGAUCUGCGUUUGUGGUCGUACCAUCAUCGACUUUCCAGCUCGCGUAAACCUGGUCACUGAAAUCGCCGAAGCCAAGGCCCGCGAAGUUGAGCUUACCCGCGAGCUCAUCGACGCUCUCCAAGAACGCAUCUGGGCCAUGCAAGCGCUCGACAAGGCCCACGACAGAAUCAAGAAGAUCGUCGAGGACACUGGCGGAGCUCAGUCUCCUUUCUACGACGAGUACUGGGGCACACCAGAGCGCCCAGUCUCAAUUUACGAUAGGCCUCGUCGGAAGACUUUGAGGAGGACCUCCGCCACCAUCCCGGAUAGGUCUAUCACAAGGGGAAUGGAUGAAUUGUGA